GCGAGCGGGAAAGAGAAAGAAGGGAGCGGAAACGGAACGGACGAGCGCGCGCGCGCCCCUUGCCUUCGUUUUCAGUGUUUCGGUCUCGCGCCGCGACGGCUCGACCUCUCGAACGGCCAAGUCAGUCGGCCGGUGACAAGGCAGCCGUACAACGCGCGACACGAAUCGUCGUUACGUCGCCCGUCGGUCGUCGGUAGAGUCGGGGAGAGAGAGAGAGAGAGAGAAAGAGAGAAAGAUCGCGACGGAGAAGAGGAGGAGGAAGUGGAGGUGGAGAAACGAACGAACGAAAGCAUCGGUCGAAGACCAAGCGACUGUACGAGUAACACGCGAGAGCGGAGCGGCCACGGGAUCGCUCUUCGAACACGAACAACCGCACAAAUCACACGCGCGUUCGGCGGCGGGACGAAGCAGUGGGGAUAUCGGGAAGGCCAUUUUCGUUGCCGGUGCGUGCGUACGUGCGGCAUAGACGACGCAGACCGGCGUGUGCCUCCCGGGCGAAGAGAACUCGUGCGCGACUGACCACUAUUUUUCGCACUCCGCGUCGUCGUCCGUCGUCGUAGCUCGUCGUAGCUCAAGAUACGCGUUGCGAGCGGAAGAGCUAAUCGUGCCGACGGCAUUCCCGCUUCCGCGCGUCGGUGCGUCGAAUUUCCGAGUUUUUUUUUUUUUACGCGUACGUUACAGUCGCAGCGUAGCGUCGCGACGCCAGUUCCGGUGGAAGUUGUAAUCCUUCGUCGCGUCGUUCCCCGCACGUCUUCGAGGCAGCGCGGAACCGAACCGCUCGUUUGUUCGAUAAAAGAGAGGACUACGUCGUGUCGUCGUCGUCGUCCCGGUGAACGGGUGUCCCGGUCGACCGCAGCGCGCGGACUCUAGUGCAACGUUUCCAACGAACCCACGCCACACCAUCGCGUCAACGUCGUCUAUCGUCUUUUCCAGUGUCGCACGAUACGAGAAUUUGUAAUCGACCGAAAUGCCGACGAGUUUGUUCAGCGAGAUGGAUCGGGGCUCGAACGGCGGCAGCGCCGGCGUCACCUUCGAGGAGCAGCGCGCCCUGCAGCUCGCCUUCGAGCUGUCGAUGCUCGGCAUCCCGGAGGGCUCGUCCGGAUGCCCCGGCGCCGGCACCGGGAACGGCACCACCAACGACCCGGACCCGCUGCAGGCCGCGCCGGCCGUCUUCGAGGAGGCGCGUUCCAAGAAGAGCCAGAACAUGACCGAGUGCGUGCCGGUGCCCAGCAGCGAACACGUGGCGGAGAUCGUCGGCCGACAGGGCUGCAAGAUCAAAGCCCUACGUGCGAAGACGAACACCUAUAUCAAGACGCCGGUGCGCGGUGAAGAACCCGUCUUCGUCGUCACCGGUCGCAAGGAAGACGUGGCCCGUGCGAAGCGCGAGAUUCUUUCUGCCGCGGAACACUUCUCGCAGAUUCGCGCGUCGCGCAAGAGCUCGUUAGGCGCUCUCCUAGGCGCGCCACCUGGGCCACCCGCAACGGUGCCCGGUCACAUAACGAUUCAGGUACGAGUGCCCUACAGAGUAGUGGGUCUGGUCGUAGGCCCUAAGGGCGCGACCAUCAAGCGAAUUCAGCAUCAGACGCAUACCUAUAUCGUGACGCCCAGUCGCGACAAGGAGCCCGUAUUUGAGGUGACGGGACUACCGGACAGCGUCGAAGCGGCCAGACGCGAGAUUCAGGCUCACAUCACUCUGCGAACCGGCACCGCACCAGGCGUCGUCGAUGAUACCGAUCUGCUAGGCGCUCUCUGCCGCGGCGGUCUUGGCUCGGUUCUCGGUAUUCCAGGUAUCGAUCAACCGGGAUCCAACAGCUCCAGCAGCUCUAACGGGGCGUUCUCGAGCAGCGCCAGCUGCAGUAGCUCGUCCAGCAGCUCCGCUGGGAUGGGGAUGAACGACCUCGUCUCCAUUUGGAGCGGAAUAGAGAGGGACGAGGGACUCGGCGAGUCGCCGUCGUUCGAGUCGCAGCCGACCUCGACAUCGUCAAUCUGGUCGUUCCCGAGCGUCGCGCUACCCUCGAGGCCGUCGCCGCCGGCGACGGCGAGCCCGGCAUCGCCCACAGACUCACUUCUGGGCGGCGCACGGCGGGACUGCGUCGUAUGCGGUGAGAAGGAAGUCACCGCGGCGCUGGUGCCCUGUGGACACAAUCUCUUCUGCAUGGACUGCGGCAAUCGGGUCUGCGAGGGCGCGGAUCCAAGCUGCCCGGUGUGCGCCAGACGCGUUCUGCAGGUGCUCCGUAUUUUCUCCUAAGAGGGGCCCCGCCGAGCCGCCGCCCGUCAGUCUCCCGUGUCGCGACACCCGGUGUACACAGCGGCUGCACCAGCAAUUUACCACGAGGAUGGCCGGCUAAUAACAGUUCCAGCAGGCAUGACGACAAAGCUGGAGUACAACAUUGGCGCCCGCGACAACGACGAUGCCUGCGCGAUAAUCCUCUCGGCAGUCCUCAAAGUUGGCCUUUUUUCUUCAUCGCUGUCAUCGCUGUCGUCGUUGUCGCCAUCAUCAUCAUCAUCAUCGUCGUCGUCGUCGUCGUCGUCGUCAUCAUCAUCCUACCAAGCCGGUGUGACGCCGUCGUCGUCAGGGGACCGAACGCGCACAAAGUCUCAAUUCCACGGCUGCCAAUAAUCUCUUACGCGACGGGGAUUCGCCUCGACGAAUCGAUCAUUCGGAGCCGAUCGUCGAGUCCGUCGAGUUCCCGCUGACCGGAUACAACGAAGCCAGCUUUUAAGUUCUACGAGAUAUAUAUUUAAAGAGACAGAGAUAGGGAUGGAAACACUCACCCACUCAUCGCCAUCGCCAUCGCUUCCCCCUACCCUCCCUUCGCUGUACUCCACUCGCCUGUUCCUCUCCCCCCCGUCCCUUGACGCUUGCAUAGAUUGGGCUCGCGGCUCGUCGAGUACUCUAAUAAGCCUCGAGGUAUGAGAGAGACGGUACGAGGGCACCGAACAACGUUACUCUCAUCGUACCGUCCGAACUAACGUGCGAGAUAAAAAAAAGCCUCUCUAUUGCCCGCAAAAGAUCGACGCCGCAAUAUUCUGCGACUGAUAUUACUAGUAGCGAGACUGAUGGUUACCGAGACGCUACUCUCUUUUCUUUCCACCGCGGAGGCUACGGUCCGAAAUUAAUCGAAUGAGUCGCGGACCGAUUAGCCUCAUCGCCGAAUUUUUGACUACACUCAACACCGCCGGUGUGUUUUGGCUGUUUUAAUUAAAACUCUGCUCGUUCCUGAGAUUUCUCUGGGUCGAACGUUUGCUGGGAACGGAGGCGGCUUGUCUAGCAUGAUGGAUCUUAGAGCUUUGCCGAUUUUCCUUUUUGUAUUUUUUUUUACAACUAUGACUGAAUGGUGAAUCACGUUCAAAUCAUGUCCAAAGAGAUAACUUUCGAUUUUUCUGACUGCUUCUAAGCUUCAUAUAUCAUAUUCGGUGAAGAAAGCAUGCUUAUACGUUCGUAUCUUCGACUGUCAAUUUUUUAAAUCGGUAUUGAACCAAGACGAAGAUACGUAUCUAACAUUUUGUUUGUCUAACCUGCGAUGCUUGAUUUGUGCCAAAAGGGCUAGACAAAAGAAAGAUUAUUGAUAAUUUCGCAACGAUCGCGCGCUAAACAACCUUGCGAUUUUCGCCUUACAUAUUUUUCCUAUUUUUCUUAAAAGAAAAAAAAGCGUACAAUAUAAUUUUGAUCUCAGCGUUCGCUCGGAACGCGCGUAGAAAGUGUUAAGUUCAUCUCGAUCCAGAAAGGGUUUUCCGUUGCCGAGUGUACAAUUACGAACUCGACGAACCUGCGAGCUGCGGUCGCUAGUGCGACAGCGUAGAUUACCGAGAAUUAUCUACACGUACACGAGUCGCAGACACAAACACGUACAUACACACGCAUACAAAUACCACACCACUGGACACACUGAUAGAUGAUCUCGCACAGACAUCCUACACGUGAAAAAGAGAGGGAAAAGAAGAGAGGGUCACGGGCCCCUCGAUUCGCCACGAAAUCACGUAGUGAAUAUAUAGCGGACGGCGCGCGCGUUCGUUCCACCCGGCUUCCCUCGCCAUUAGAGUAUUAUCUUAAAAUAAUAUCUCUUUAUAUAAGCGAAAUAGCAAUGGAUAAAAAAAUAGCUCUAAUAUAUUAUAAAUAUAAACAUAUAUAUGUAUGUAUAUAAAUAUAUAUAAAUAUAUAUAUGUAUAUAUACAAUAUAUAUGUCGUCAGAAAGUCUGAUAGUGGCAGGAAAGCGAGAGAGAGAGGGAGAGAGAAUGGGAUAAUGCGUGUGUGGUUGAAAGAGUCAGAGAGAAAGAGAGAUAUAGGCGGCGAAUGAUAUUUUGUCGACGAGAUCUAGAUUUUGUAUUUUUCGCGCAUUUCGCCGAUGGGACGACGGGUGGUCUUGGGCCGUAACGUCGUAGAGGAAGAAAGAGAGAAUUAUUGACAUAUUACCUAGGAAUAUGUUGCACGAGUUGCGUAGAGAGAAAAUGGAAAAUUGCAGAAAAUUAUGAGGAUAAAAAAAAAAGAGAGGGAGAGAGAAUAGAACGCAGCGCGUAAGUCGAGGGGCCGCGCGUCCGCUCUCGGGCAGGAAGAACGAGCG